UUUUUUUUUUUUGUUCAAUUUCUCUGAUGAAACUGAGAAGAAGAAGAAAAAGAAUCUCACAUUAGGGUUCCUCAGUGUUGGCAUAUUCUGAGGGUUUUCUCAUCUCUCAUUCCCAUGUUGACCUCUCCUUGCUCUUCUUCGUCUCUCCUUUGCCAUCGCCCAGCGCUAUCUAUUUCGCGUUCUAAGUUUAGGGUUCCUUGUCGAACUGUCUUCUCUCCUGAUCUUACCCAGAUUUCCCCUUUAACUGCUGCUUCUUCACCUUCUAAUAAGUCCGCAAAGCAAAAAUGGAAGAUUUUUUGCUUUAGAAAUGAGGAUUCUGCUCCUGAGAAUCCGGAGCAAUUCGUGCCUGAGGAAAUAGUUAAGCCAGAUCAAGAUUCUCCAUGUACAGAUAAAACUGAUUUGAAGGCAACUCUUCAAAAGGCUGCAGAUGCAGUUUUGAAGGCCAUUGGGACUCGUUGGAAAGUACCAUGGACUGUUGAGACCAUUGUGCAGGUAAUGCUUCUGUGGGUAGCUGCUUUCUGGUUCAUUGGUUCAUGGAUGAUCCCAUUCAUGGCUCAUAUAUCAGGUUUCCACAAAGAAUCCCUAACAUUUAGAGGCCAAGCGUUGUUCAGUCUAGUAACUGAUGUAACAGAAGGCCUUGCUGGGAUUGCUAUCCUCCACCGUUGUCUCUCCAUGUUCCGUCCUCUUGCAAGCGAUUGGUUCCGCUUUAGCCUCAAAGGAAACUGGCAACUAGAUGUUAUCAUAGGCUGUUUCAUGUUCCCUUUCGUUAACCGUCUAUCCCAAUUAAACCUCAACCUUUUGCCACUCCCAAUAGAAAUAUCCAAAAUUCUCCAUUUUUCAUUGUUUCCACUCUUCAAAAACCCUAAUUUCCCACCACUGUGGAUAGCCAUUAUCGCCGAGCCUUCUUUCCCUUUCCCUGAAGACAAAAUCACAACUUUCUCGGAGUUCAGUGACCAGAAACAAGACAUCUCGCCACCACCAUUGUUUGUGUACUCCAUACGAUAAGAUCUACGAACCAAUCUCACUCCAGCUAAUCGAUAUUUUCCGGGAACUUCUCAGGUAAGAAACAGAUUCUGUCGUUUGAGAAGAGAUCCAAGACUCGCAUUUUCCCUGGAGAUGUCUCUUGAAGCUUAACAAGCCAAGUACUCGGAUUCAUCAAAGGAGCUUCGAGUUUAUAGGCGCUGCUCUGUUUCAGAAUGAAGAAACCAGAGGUUGAUGAAGAAGAAGAUGACCAAAAAGGAAGAUACGUUGGGAAUUUUGAGAAAGGAUUGUUUUUCUUGCUGUUGUAGUCGGAGAGAGGAAGACAGAGACGCCACGUGGCGCAAACAGAACGGAGACAGAUGAGAUCAACGGUGUCUGAUGAGCCGUCGUGGUCAAGACGAUUUGAGAUCAACUCAAGUAUAUCUAAAGGAAGAUCAGACCAUUGAGAAGGAAGAAGAGAAGAAGAAGACUCCAUGGAAGAGAACAAAAGUGAAAGAUAUGAUGAAAUUUUUCUGUUUCUUCUUCUUGGGUUUUCGGAAUUUGGAUCAUUUAAACUGUUUUAAAUAAUGAUUCAUCUUUGAUGUUGAAAAUCAUUUCUCAUUAUUUGUUAUUAACUUAUAUCAUAAUAAGAAAAUGUAUAUGAUGAAUGAUUUUUAAACACAACAUAGUUUUUGUA